UUUUUCUCAUUCCUCUGAGACACCUUAACUUCAUACUUAGCAGCUCAUAAGUUUAUGACAACUUCCUCAUCGGCGUGAUGAAGCCCGCAAGAGGGAAGCUUCCUCUCUCAAUUGUUGGAAUCCUAAUAUGCAUUUUUGUACUCAUCGGUGUCUUGUAUAUUGAAGACACUGGCUCCCUAUCUUCUGCGACUCUUCUUGCGCUAGAAAGCACAUGUUCGAAGCAAGACGACUCAGACAACAAUUCCAGUCGGCCAGUAAAAGUGAAGGAGAAAACUACUGGUAUUAAUUCUUUAACCGAAGAGAAAGACGAUAUUAACGAUAUCAGCGAACAAGAAGAAGAUGAAGAAAAAGCGGAGUUUGAUCCAGAAAAGUGCAACGUUGUCAAGGGGAAAUGGGUGUUUAAUAGUUCUCUCAAGCCAUUGUAUUCUGACGAGACUUGCCCGUAUCUCGAUAAGCAAGUCGUUUGCGUAAAGAACGGGAGGCAGGACUCUGAUUAUCGUUAUUGGGAAUGGCAACCGGAUGAGUGUAAAUUGCCCAGGUUUGAUCCUAAAACUGCACUUGAGAAACUGAGAGGCAAGAGACUGAUGUUUGUUGGUGACUCGCUGCAGAGAGGCCAGUGGCAAUCCUUUGUUUGCAUGGUUGAAUCAGCUAUACCACCCGAAAAGAAGUCCAUGAGACGCGGCCGUUCUCUCACUGUUUUCAGAGCCAAGGAGUACAAUGCCACCAUCGAGUUCUACUGGGCACCCUUUCUCGUCGAGUCAAAUUCCGAUUUACGUAUUAUAGGAAAUCCUAAAGACAGAAUACUAAGAGUUGAUGCAGUGAAGAAACAUGCCAAAUACUGGGAAGGAGCGGAUAUCCUUGUGUUCAAUAGUUAUGUGUGGUGGAUGAGUGGCUUGAAGAUCAAAUCACUAUGGGGCUCAUUUGCAAAUGGAGAAGAAGGAUAUGAAGAGUUAGAUGCCACAAUUGCUUACAGAAUGGGUUUGAAAACAUGGGCAAAUUGGGUAGACUCAACGAUUGAUCCUAAUAAGACCAGACUGUUUUUCACCACCAUGUCUCCAACACACAUGAGAAGUGCGGAUUGGCACAACAAGAAAGGCAUCCGUUGCUAUAAUGAAACGAGACCAGUGCUUAAGAGGGGAUACUGGGGAAGUGGUUCAGAUAAAAGGAUGAUGAAUGUGGUAUCCAGUGUGGUGGAAAGAAUGAAGGUCCCUGUUUCUUUCAUCAAUAUAACUCAAAUGUCUGAGCAUAGAAUUGACGGUCACACAUCAGUUUACACCGAGUACCAAGGUAAAGUGUUAACAGAUGAGCAGAAAGAAGACCCAAAACGUUACGCGGACUGUAUACAUUGGUGUUUGCCUGGGGUGCCAGAUACAUGGAAUCAAUUAUUCUAUGCCUACUUGUAAAAAAGAAGAAUCGCAUAAGAACUCUGUAUAUCAGAAACUCAAACAAAACAAAUUGCAUAGAUUUUUUUUUUAUCACGACA